AUGGAUAUCGACAUGAGCCGCCGCAACAAGGCCCCACGCCCUCUGUCCGACUCGGAGAGGGCUCGAUUGGACGAGUUCAUCGACUCAAUCCACUACUCGGCUCGAUACUCUGAUAGCGAAUUCGAGUACCGCCACGUACAGUUGCCCAAACCUAUGCUCAAGGCAAUCCCCAAAGAUUACCAUGAUGCAUCCCACGGAACACUGAAGCUACUCUGGGAAGAGGAAUGGCGCGCACUUGGCAUCACUCAGAGUUUGGGUUGGGAACAUUACGAGGUGCACGAGCCGGAGCCGCAUAUCUUGCUGUUCAAGUUGGUCUACCCUCCCCCUCUACUGACCGUUCUUGGAAGAGGUUUUCUCUAA